AUGGUCCGUCGUGAAGCCUUGGCCAUCCUGAAUGCGCGUUACGCGUUCAUUGAGACGGCAAAGGAUGUGGCUCGCCUCAAUGCACUUCGGGAGUCUGGGGACUUCGAGGACUCUCGGGGCGCCGUCUACGCGGAGGCUGCCGCCCGCCCGCCAGACUACCUGCCCCUUCGGUUCAUGGACGUGGACCCCCUGCUCUUCGAGGAGACCCCCGCGGACCUCAUGAGGCCCCAGGAUUGGAAGGAUGUCUUGGCCGUUCGGGUGGGCUACGACGCCGAUAUCAUGCAGUUAGAGGGUGAGGCCCUCGUGUUGGCCUACAAGCACAUCCUGGCGAUGCCGCGGGCCGCGCCUGGGAGGGCAAAGGAGCGGGCCAGGGCACAGCGCGAGACGCGCGCUGCCGCCGCCCAGCGCCUGACCGCGGAGCGGGGGGCCCUGGGAUCCCUCACGGUUCUCGAGCAGAUUGCGAUCCGCCCAGUGACGGAGGCCCUCUACAAGAAAACUGCCGCGGCUUUCCUGGAGUUCUGCACCAAGCGGGGGCUGGACUGGCACAACGUCGAGGAGAUGGAUGUGAUCCUAGCCCAAUACAUGGACGAUUGCUUUCACCGCGGCGCGUCGCCCGACCACGGCACGCAGCUGCUGGCCAGCCUCGCGCAUCUCUACCCGAGCUUGCGGGGGCAGUGGAAGUUGCAGUGGCCGAGGGCUGCCCGCGCCUCGAUCUCGUGGAAGCGGAGAGUGCCUGCGGGGACCCGGCUGCCACUGCCGAAGGCGGUUGCCAUGGCCGUGUGCCUGCUGCUGGUGGAGGUCUCGGACCACUUGCACUGCCUCCGCCACGGGGGCGCGUCGGACGACUUGCUCAGUCGCCGAAGGGGCGCGUUCCAGGUGCAGGUUCGAGGCAGGUGGGCAUCCGUGAAGAGUUUGAAACGGUACGGCAAGGAGACAAAGCUGUUGUCGGAGAUCAGCUCGGUGCACGGCGACGCGUUUCGUCUCGGACAUCUCAUGUUGGAACAUUUCUGGACGGUGGUCAUGGCAGGCGGGACCCUGGAGGCCAGCAUCAGUCACCUCAUCCCAGCGACGUGUGUGCCGGCGGUGCGAGCGGCCCGAAG